AUGGAUGACAUGGGUGCGAUACACUUUGCUGCUCAAAAAGGUCAUUUAGAAGUUGUUCGGAUUCUCCUUUCAUCCGGAGUCUCUGUCAAAUCUUCCAAUCGCAAGGGCAUGACCGCUCUUCACUAUGCUGUUCAAGGGUCCAACCUGGAACUUGUCAAGUACUUGGUGAAGAAAGGUGCAAAUAAGGAUGCGAAGACCAAAGCAGGGAAAACCCCUCUUGACCUUGCAAGCAGUGAAGAAGUCCGCUUAAUUUUAGUUGAAACUGAAGCAGCAUCCAAGAAAGGAGAUUUGAAUGGCAAAGAUAAAGGUGAAGCAGCUCAUUUGAAAUUGUCGUCACAGGGAAAAGGAGAAGGUUCUGAUGGUGAGGCUGCUGUGGCUAGGCACGAAGAAGCUGAAAAAGAGAAAGAUGAAUCAGCCAAGAGGAAAGGUGAUGAAGGUGAAAUCAAGGAAAAUUUGCCAGAAUCGAAGAAGGCAAAGGUUGCUCUUAAUCAUCUUCUAGUUUCAGAUGACGCACAAGAAGGGGAAGAAAAUCUUUAA